AUGACGCUAAUAAGAAAAGUUAACAGGAACGUCCUGCAGACCUUCAAAGAGCUAUACAGAACGGGGAAAAGGCUGAACAUCCACAAAACCACCUUUCUGUGCCAAACGUAUGAAAAAAAUUGCUGGAGAAAAACAAGACUGAGGGAAGAAAAGGUUUAUCAUAAGAAAUAUAAUUUUUUAAAAUAUGCAUAUGAUGUUGUGAACUACGGAAUUGAAAAUAAUUUAAAAUUUCAAAUUGAAGAAAAAAACAUUGUGCAGGAGGAAGACUCAUACGUGGAAGAAGAAAGCAAAGACCAUGAUUGUGAAAAGAGCAUAAAGGAGGAAGUAGCCACAGUAGAUUUGGAAAUAAAAAAUAUUUUAAAAUUGCUGGAAGAUGUAAAUAAGAAAUAUAAUCAGAAUACAAAAAAUGCCACACAUAUUUAUUACCAUUUUAUGAACAAAAAUGUGCCGCUGAAAAAAAGUGAAUUUGUAAAAAAAUACCAGAAGGUGUACAACGCAGCAGAUUUGACAAUACUUUAUUAUUAUAUAAAAAAAUUUAAAUUACUUACAAAUAAGAAGAAGCAUUUAUCGAAUAAGUUGCGCGUUUUAAAAUUGAGGAAAAAUGCCUUUGACAUUGUGAACUACUCCUUUUCGGUGGACAAGCUAGAGCAGAUGUUCUACGAGCACGCGAGGAAAAUCAACGUGCUGUGA